AUGAAGGUCUUUUCAUCAAUCUGCACGUUUGACUACUCAUGGGAGGAGGUCUCAACUGCGAACUGGCGGAAAUACUGCCCAUGGAAUGAUAAGUCAACGCAUGUCGUGGGGGUAGAUACUUUGUCGCGAAGGGUGGACCCCGAGACUGGAAUUUUGCGCACCGAACGACUGAUUACAUGCCACCAGUCCGUCCCGCAAUGGGUCUCAUCGCUUUUUGGAGGUAGCCCGACUUCCCAUGUCUACGAAGUUUCAUACGUCGACCCUGUCUCCAAGAAAGUAACAAUGUGCUCGACAAAUCUCACAUGGGCAAAUGUUCUGAAUGUACGCGAAACCGUUAUAUAUCAGCCGUCCGCGUCGACUCCUUCGUCCAUGACCGAUUUCCAGCAGGAAGCCAAGAUCACUGCCCUUUGUGGAGGGUGGCAGAAGAUCAAAAACAAGGUGGAAGAGGCAAGUGUCGAGAGAUUCAGGGAAAACGCCAAACGGGGUAAAGAAGGCUUUGAAGCUGUCCUUGAAAUGAGCCGGCGUGUUUUCAGUGAACAGCGCGCCCUUGAGACCAGCACGGCAUGA